AUGGCAAAGACAUCGCCGAACUCCAAAUCAGCGGAUGGUCUAGAGAGGCAGGGCGUCUCGGAAACGCAGACGCAGCUCCAAAAGAGAUAUCUUGAAGAGAGACUCAGGGAGAAGAAGCCGUCGAAAAGUAAGGCGUUGACAAUCAAGGAAAAGAAGCCCGUAAAAAGCAAGGCGUCAGCUGUCCAGGAACAGAAUUCCAUAAAGCUUAAAGUGCCCCCACUCAGCAGCGACCGUAUCAAGGAGAAUGACAAAGCGAAAAAGGCGUCCGUCAAGUCCAAGGAAGAUAAGAGUCUACGUCACAAAAAGCAAUCGGCCGCGACCACCGCUGUGGAUAAGAGGAAGGCGAAAAGGCGAAAGACAACGUCGGGAGCUAACAGCAAGGAUGAGAGCAAAGUCGACAGCGGCGAUGUAGCAGCAGCAUCACCGAACAACAAUCUGUUAGAACAAGUAAAAGCUGUCUUAGAGAGCUCUGAGACAUCCAACGCAACAAAAUCUAAGCCCAAAGUUGAGAUUGAACAUGGAGGUCAGGAUAUCGAUGUCAGAGAAAGCUCCCUUGAGAGCAGCAGAAGAGUCAAAUCCAAGAUGGAACUUGCCUCCACUCUUAGACGACUCGCCAGAAAACAAGACAGCGACACAACAGACAAAGCACUACUAGAUCGUUUGAGCACGGAAAUUGUAGAUCUCCGCACGGCAUUGGUCGGGAAGGCUGACGGACAUCAUGUCAAAUACGCUUCCAAGGAAAAAGAAGUCUCAAGACAACUGAGAAAGCCUAUCCGAAAAGUCCAGACCAAGCAGGAUUUGCCAAAGAUUUCCAGGAUUAGCAAAGUAUAUACUACCUCAAAGGUGGCUUCUCCGAGACGGUCAACAACGAAAGCUUCCGAGUCAUCGACGGUCAAAUCACCAAUUGUGAGGGCGGAGGCCUCUGCACUUCAAAUCACUCCCAUUGACGUCCAUCAACCCCCUGUACCAAGUCUAGAAUAUGGCCUCGAACGAGUGCUUUUCAAUCCCGGCGUAUAUCAACUUCAGGAUCCUCGAUCUCGGGUAUAUAAUUUUGAUCCCUAUCUACAGAAAGUGAUGCCUGUUGCCGAAUUCGACUUCAAUGCUUUAAAGGAGUUCAUCACCUCUUCUAAGGACGAGACCUUAUUGCGUGUUGCCCAAGAUAAUCAGAAACGAUAUCUGGGCUCCACGUCCAGCAUGACAGGAAUCCUGUCUCACUUUCAUUUCUUGCUAUCCCAGUGGCGCCCUAUAAAUACUUCGAUGUUAUCCAAGACGUUUCCUGUGGAGCACCAUAAUUUCACCGAGCUCCAGCGAUGCCCAUCUGCAAUCUUUUUGAGGUGGAGAGAUGGCACUUAUGCUAUCGAUGCCGACAAGCAAUUCGCUAAUGCGAACGUUCUAAGCAUGCUCGGGAAGUCACUUGAAAAGUUAUUGACAUUGAAAACGGAUGAUUACGAAAAAUAUCGUAGAAGUAAUCCAGUCCAGGUGUCAGAGGAGGAGCAACUUGUUCCUGAAGCAUAUCACUAUUCAACGAUGGGUGAUUUUCUCAUGCGGUCGCAACUUGAUGCUCAUGAUUCUCGUUUGCCUGGCACCGGAAUGUUUGACUUAAAGACAAGAGCUGUGGUAUCCAUACGUAUGGACGUCCAGAAUUUCGAGGAGGGUGUCGGAUACCAAAUAAAAGACCGCCAAGGUGCUUACGAGAGCUAUGAGCGCGAGUACUACGAUAUGAUACGAGCGGCCUUUCUCAAGUAUUCCAUGCAAGUCAGAAUGGGGAGAAUGGACGGCAUUUUUGUCGCUUACCACAACGUGGAACAAAUCUUUGGUUUCCAAUACGUGAGCCUUAGCGAGAUGGACUCUACGAUUCACGGACAAGGGGAUACUACGCUUGGUGACCAAGAAUUUGUCUUAAGUUUGGAUCUCUUGAACAAGAUUCUAGAUCGAGCCACGAAGAAAUACCCAAACACUUCUCUCCGUAUACAUUUCGAAACGAGAGAUGCAGCAACGCCGUUCAUGUAUGCUUUUGCAGAGCCUGUGACCGAAGAGCAGGUCAUUGAAUUACAAUCAGUCAAUGAGGAUAAGAUUCGGGACAUCGAAGCCAGGAUUCUUGGGCUUGACGCAGCUAAAGACCAAGCAGAGGACAAGAAAGACGUUAAGGACUGGGAUGCAAUCGAGGCAAAUGUGCAGGACGCUAUGGACAAAGAUGAGCUUGGACUGGAAGCCAACGAAGACGACCUUGAACUCAUGGAAAAGCAAACAGAUGGACAGGACCCACUUUUCAGCAUGUCAAAUCCAGCAACUGAGGAAGCGCUCGCCGAAACCCCUGAUAGUGUCAUCACGACUUCACUAGAUGAUGAUGCCGGUGAAGAAGAAGAAGAAGAAGCAGAAAGGGAAGAAGAAAGAAAAGAAGAGGAAGAAGAUAAGGAUGAAGAAGAAGAGGAUGAAGAAGAAGAGGAAGAGGAAGAGGAAGAAGAAGAGGAAGAAGAAGAAGAAGAAGAAGGAGCGGCAGAAAAUGAGGGUGGAAAUGACGAAGAGGUUCGCGGCCAAGACAAGCAAGACAAGGUCAACAACGACUUGAUGAACGAAGAAUUGGCAGGGGCUACAUCAAGAGAUGCACGACCCGUGAGUGUGAACAGCGGUCCGAAUGAGGGACCACAAGCCUCAUUAGAAGAACCAAUUGCCGCAGAACAAAGUGGAGCUAACGAGUCGGAUGCGGCGAAAGAUGUCAUCUUUCCGUUCGAAUCCAAAGUGGAUGAGGCUUUCGAGACUCAAGCAGACAAACCAUUCCUUGACGAAGUAAAUCAAAGUCCAGAAUCACAGGGUGACAUCCUCGCCAUGACACUCACGUUACGCAACCAAGUCAACGGAUCGUACGUGCUCCGGCCUAGGGACUUCAGUGCGGCAGACAAAUGGUCUAUCGAAUAUUCACUUGUUGAAAUAGCAGAUCAGCAUCGGGCAUGGGCUCUCUACGAGGCAUGCCAAACUCGCAGGAGGAAAAAAUUAGAAGGCGGCGCGCCGGACAGAGACGAAGAAAAGGUCGAUGCGUAUGUCCAGAGAUUGCGAAAAUUAUCUUCCCAAGGGAAAGAGUGGAAGGAGGAAAGGGAGCUUCAAGACAAAGCAAGGCCGAUACAGAUCCUAGGUCAAGAAUACGAUAGGGGAGAGAGAGGCCAAAACGACCAGGUCCCUGAAGCUUAG